AUGGCUCCAUGCUUCCAGCAUUUCAACUUCCUGCAAAAACUCUUUCUAUCCAUGUUGCUUAUUGUUACUUGUACUGAAUCGUUAUCAAGUCAUGAUGAGGAAUGUUUGGCUUUGUACCUGUUUAAGCAAACCAUUCCUCAUGCAUAUUUCGAAACCCACGGGUUUCGAAAGUUGGACUCUUGGAAGAUCGCAAGUAAUGCAUCGGAUGAUGGUUCUUCUGAUUGUUGUUUAUGGGAUGGGGUGUUGUGCAGCAACGAGGAAGAGGAUGGCCACGUGAUCGCCCUUGACUUAAGCGAAAGCUUUCUCUAUGGCCAUAUCAACUCGAGCAGCACCCUCUUCAACCUUGUUCAUCUUCAGAGGCUUAACCUCGCGAUCAUCGACUUUACUGGAUCUCAAAUUCCAUCUCAGAUUUCUCGUCUAAAGCAGUUAAGAACCCUCAAUCUCUCUCGUUCUAGAUUCAAUGGUCAAGUCCCCACUGGAAUCUCACAGUUGAUACACUUGUCUUCGUUAGACCUAUCAGGGAAUCCAUUACAGCUUCGAAGUCCUAGCCUGGAGAAAUUAGUACAAAAUUUAGAUGGACUCGAAGAACUCGAUCUCUCGGGGGUCGACAUCAGUUCUUCAGUACCUCAUUUCAUGGCCAACUUUUCUUCCUUGAGCUCAAUCGUGCUCUACAAUUGUUCGCUUCAAGAUGAAUUCCCUUGGGCCGUACUUCAAUUACCAAAGCUGAAAUUUUUUGAUGUGGCAUCCAAUCCCAGCCUUAGUGGUUCCUUUCCUGAGUUUCUUAACAACAGCUUACUUGAGCAUCUGGAUGUAUUAGACACAGGUUUCUUUGGGAUUGUACCAGAAUCCUUAAGCAACCUCCAUCAUUUGACAUUCUUGCGCCUUACAUCAUGUUUUUUCUCCGGGAACAUCCCAGGCCAGGUUCCUUCAUUGUUAAGACUUUCUGAACUCAAUCAUUUGGAACUUAGUGGUAUCCAAUUUGAGAAGAAACGUAUGCCUGAUUGGCUUGGCAAACUGAAAAAGCUUAAUAACUUGUAUCUGAAUCGUAUGAACUUAGAUGAAAUCCCACCUCUUUUUUCAAACCUAACCAAACUUAGUCUUGUCAUGAUGGAAGAUAAUUCCAUUCAUGGUUCUAUCCCAUCUUCAUUUAUGAACCUGACCCAAUUGAGAGUCAUAAACCUUGCAGGAAAUAAAUUUCAUGGACCAAUUCCUAGCUCAUUUUCCAACUUCAAACGUCUUCAACUGCUUUCUCUAUUAAGGAAUGAUUUUAGGGUGGACUUGGAUAUGUUCGUAGGACUCAACCAACUCGAUACUCUAUAUCUCUCGGGUAACAAAAUAUCAUUUGUGGCCACCAGCAACUACACCAAUGGCUCCCUACCAGAAUUGAAAAUCCUCGGGCUAUCCUCGUGCGAUUUGAAGAAAUUCCCUGCCAUUUUGCGGUUCAGACACAAAUUGAAUGUCUUAUUUCUUAGUGACAACAAAAUUGGUGGUCGCGUACCAGAGUGGAUGUGGAACAAGAAUCUUGAAUCAUUAGAGAUAAUCGACCUUGAAAGCAACUUCAUCACUGGUUUUCAUCAACAUCAAAAUUUUCUCCCAUGGGGUCGUUUGAAAUAUUUCAGCAUCGCGUAUAAUCAGCUACAAGGACGAGUACCAAUUCCACCACGGACCAUGGUUGUUUAUGAUGUAUCAAAUAACAAUCUGCAAGGAGAAAUACCACCUUUAUUAUGUGAAUUGAACUCUCUUCUAUUGCUGGAUUUGUCUUCUAACAACAUAAAUGGAACUCUUCCUUCUUGUUUGGGCAGAUUAAGCAAUUCCUUGUUGGUGUUGGAUCUUAAAGGGAACAACUUUCAAGGCACAAUGAUGAAUACAUUUACCCAAGGAUGCAUGCUGAGGAAGAUUGAUUUGAGCGAAAAUCAAAUUGUGGGUCAGGUAUCAAAAUCCUUGACAAAUUGUAUCAACUUAGAGUUUCUCUCUCUUGGAGAUAACUCUUUUGAUGAUACCUUUCCAUUUUGGUUGGGUACUCUUGUGGAGUUGCAAGUCCUCAUGUUGGGGUCCAACAGAUUUUAUGGUGGAAUUCAAGGUCCGACAAUGGUUAUCUCACAAUUUCCCAAGUUGCGGAUAAUAGAUCUCUCCAACAACGGUUUUGGUGGUCCACUACCCCAUGAGUACUUCCAAAGUUGGAAUGCAAUGAAGUCGGUUUAUGAUGGCAAAUCAUCUUUUCUGCAAUCAAGGUUUCCAUUAUUAACAUUUGAAUUGUCGAUUCCAUACAAGAUGACAAUAACAAGCAAAGGUGUUAAGAGAGAGUACCCCCGUAUUUUGGACAUAUUCACUGUUAUUGAUCUCUCUUGUAACAAUUUUGAAGGACAAAUCCCACAAUCACUCCAAGAUCUUCGUGGACUUGAAUCACUUAACCUUUCCAACAACUAUCUUAUUGGUGGUGUCUUGUCAUCCUUGGGGAACCUAAAGAAUCUUGAAUCUCUAGAUCUCUCCCGAAACGAGCUAUCAGGAGAAAUUCCUCAUCAGUUGUUGCAGCUCGGAUUCCUUGCCAUUUUGAAUUUGUCAUUCAACCAUCUUCAUGGACGCAUACCCCAAGGCGGACAAUUCAAUACAUUUGAGAGUAACUCAUACGAAGCGAAUCCCGGAUUGUGUGGAGAACCUUUAUCCAACGACUGUCAAGAUUCAAAGGCGUCAACACCUCCACAAACAAGCGAAAAGUCCGAGUCUUUCUUCCCAAGUGAAAGAGUUGAUUGGAUCGUGAUAUUCUCAGGAGUCGGAAGUGGGUUAGUAGUUGGGAUUGUUAUCGGGAACUUUUUGUAUGCAAGGUACAGUGAUUGGUUCAGUACGAGGAAGGACAAAUGGGUAAGGCCACUCCGCAAUUGA